AAGCCUUCACUUUGUAACAACAUGGCGGCGCCCGGUAGGCACGUAGGGCGUUAUAUUCAGAAAAACGGACGAUUUCUGACAAAUAACUUUGAGCAGUUGUGGGGUCACAGGAGUUUUGGUUGGUCUCCAGCUCUGCGACAACAAGCUACUGAAGCUAAAAAAGAAUCUACAGAGAAUAUUGUUGUCCCCAGGAAGAAAACAUGGAGCAAAGAGGCGGUGCUGGAGGCUCUAGCUUCGACUGUCGGCAGGGAUCCUACAGCACUUCACUACUGCUUCCAGGAUGACACCUACCUCUCCCCCAAGAACGCGUCUGAGUUUAAGUACUUCACUCUCGCUCAGGAGUCUGGAAAGAAUGCAGCCAAAUUCUUUAUUAACAACAACCCAAAGUUCUUCACUAAGGACUUUGCUGAACCACAUAUACCAUGUCUGAUGCCAAAGACAGUGUCACUGCAUCUGGAGGAGGUGAGUGAGGAGGCACUGAAGGAACGAAUCAACCUUAGGAGAGUUACAGCUGCUGUUGACAUGUAUGACCAGCUACUGCAAACUGGCACAGCAGUCUCCAUGGAAACGACCCACGACCUGUUAGACCUGAUCUGUCUCUACUGUGACAGAAACCCUAUCAAUGAGGAUGCUCUACAGACAGAGGAUGUGAGAGAAUCAGAGAGGCGGGGGCCGUGGAGGAAAAUUAGGUACCCUCAGGCUUCAGAAUUGAAGUCCAACUGGAAAGAGGACAACAACGCCGAGAGAAUCUUCAAACUGCUGCCAGAGAGAGACACAAAGUGUUACUCUGCUCUGAUCAGAGGCAUGGUAAAGCAUGGAGCCUACGCAAAGGCCUUCAGCAUGUACACUGACAUGCUUAACGACAGACUGACUGGUGACGUCCACAUCUUCAAUGCGCUGAUCUUAGCAGUUCCAGAUCUCAAAGAAAAAAACACUGAGAGAUGGGACCUGAUUGUUGAGCUGUUGACCCAGAUGAAUCAACAGAAGAUUCAGCCCAACCUGCAGACCUUCAACAGUGUUCUUAAAUCUCUGAAACGCUGUGCCAGUUAUGCCAAAACAAAAAGUCCACUCAUUCUGAAUGAGAUGAAGGCUAUGGGAAUAGCUCCCAGCCUGGCUACCUAUGAUUACAUCCUGUCAGUCUUCUGCAGAAUAGGCCCCUCUAGCCAACACAAUACUGCCAUUUUACAGGAAGUGAUGUCAGAGCUGGCUGGAAGAAGCCUGACCUGCCAGGACCCUGAUGAUGUUUUGUUCUUCUGUAAUGCAAUGAGAGUAUGUCUGGAUAAUAAAGAUAUGGAGCUGGCUUAUAAAGUACACAGUUUAGUAGAGGUUGGAGAGAACAGGAAGUUGCUGGGAGAGCCCUUCCUACAGAGUACUUACUACGGCCGCUUCUUCAACCUGAUGUGCUUGAUGGAGCACAUUGAUGUAGUACUGAAGUGGUACAGACAGCUCAUUCCCUCGUUGUACUACCCAAACACUCAGGGAAUGAUGGACCUGCUGCAGGCUCUGGACACUGACAGUCGCCUUGAUUUGCUUCCUGAGAUAUGGAAAGAUAUUGUGUCUCUGGGUCAUCAUAAUAGGGCAGAUCUGGUGGAUGAGAUUCUCACCCUGAUGGCCAGAGAGAAACACAGUCCUGAGGUUCAGGAGUCUUUUGCGACAUGUGCUCUGGAUGUAAUGAAUUCGUUUGACAGUGACAAAGUGAAGCCGCCUCUGGAGUGGACUGCCUCUACUCUCUCAAACAUCACUGUCCUGCUGCUGAGAGCCAAAAAGACCCAAAAGGCCUGGAACAUGCUGCAGCUCUUCAAAUCCAACAACAGAGUUCCUUCGGUGGAGCUGUUGAACGAGUUCCUGUCGGUGUGUCACAGCGAAGGCUCUCCACAGAAAGCAGUGGACCUUGUUCAGCUGUCUGCAGCCUUCUGUCAGCCAGCAACAUCGCAGCUGGCAAAGCGAACACUGGCUGAGUUUACGCUGACUGAGGAGCAAAGAGCCAUUUUAUCUAAACUGGAGCCUGCAGACGAAUCCUCAGACUGAAGGAGACGAUACCAAGCAAACCGAAGAAAUUCACUGAUAAGAAAAUCAGAAAAAUCUAUAGACUGUCCUUAUUUCUGUAUCUGUGUAAUAAAAUAGAUCUGACAUUCAUACAAUCUGAA